UCACAUAUCAGUUGACCGUGCAUUCGAUACAAGCUCACGCUUGACCGAUGACCGCUGGCGCCGCUGCUACAUGAACUUUCACUGGGUUUCUAGUGCCUAGGCUAGCCUAGGCUUCUUAACGCGCUGACCGUGACGAUUUAUACCGAAGUACCUAAGAAAGCUAGUGGGUUAGGAAAGUAAACGCGAUGUGAUGUUCCUCUCAUCGAUACGCGAGAAAACAAUUGCAUCAUUACCGCAAAUAAAUAAUAAUUGAUUCAGAUAACGACCGAAAAUAAUUUUUCCAUUUACUUGGUGGAUGUCUAUCCUUGAUCCGUUGUGACAUUCCGUUGCAGUGUUGUUACUCAAAUAGCGCCUGUUUCGAGCGUGAAAAUGAGUCCGUACCGGCUCCCUUAACUGACGUUGUCUCUAACAACUGCAAUAAGUCGCAUGUCGCUGUCCAUCGAACGAGAGGUAUUACCUACAACAAGUCUAUCACCCAGUCACAGUUGACGUAACCGGGCAGCUCCCAUCUAUUGUUGACGUUCGUGUAAUGUUACCUUAUAAUUAUGUUACGUAUCCGGACACAGGAAGUAGUUUAUUUUCCGUUUUUGAUUAAAUAGUAAACGAAUAAUAACAAAUUUCGUUUAUUUUAUUGGACACUACCGAAUGUUUAAUGAUAUAACGGGUGUCCGUGCCUAAGACGGAGGAAAAUAGAGUGGCAUUUGCAAAAAGACGAGCGUUGUUGGUUGGUUGCGCUUGCGCACGUUACGAUAUAAGCCUGCGGAGGGAGCCGCGCCGCUGCAGUGCCGCUCCCACUGUCUCGACACAACGUCGCCCAACAUGGGGAGAAAGACGAUAUUAGCGGCUGUGUGCUGGCUGACUUUAAGUCAAGCCCUGUGUGAUAAAAACAGUCAAAGUGUCGCAGACAAUGUAAGUGCAGAAAGUGCUCCUCGCCUGUACGGCAACGUCCCCGUGGGGGUGUACGCCAGCGCCGCCCCGUACGCGGCGUACUCGUUCCACCUGCCUCAGUUUGUCGCCGCGCCGAAGCCAGCGGCCUCACAAGUAGCCGCAGUGAAACAGAAGCCAGUGAAUCAAAACAUAAACACUUAUUUGAUGGACUCGUACGGGAACAGAUACUUCGAAACGCCCCAGCAACUCCCAUACAAAGCUGCAUUCUCGCAACAAUACGUGUCGCUUCAACCUACACUGCCAGAACAUUUGGCUCAACCGUUGGUUGCAGCUUCGCCCAACUUCCAAUUCCAGCAAUCGGGCCCGCAAGUGUUCUUUGGGGCGCCGAUCAGAAUUUCGGCGCUGCAGACCCCGGCGCCGACACCUCUUAAUCAAUUUCCGAGCUUCGGACGCUUAGUGUAUGCGGAUAAAGUGCAAAGUUUAGCGCCAUCUUCAAUUUCUCAAAAUCAUGGUUUUAAAAUUCCAACGGCCCAACAACAAUCAAGCAAUAACAAAAAUGUUUUCUCCAACACAGAAUCACAUGAGCAAUAUGUUAAUUUAAAAGAUGAACCAAAGUUCCAACGACAGCAACAAGCACCUCAAAUAAUUGUUGGCAAACCUAAGUCAGAGAACAAACAGGUAACAUCACCCGCUAGUGCAAGUGAAACAAAGUUCCAGCGCAUUCACGAAAUACCCAAAGAAGUUCGAGGCCAUACGCAAUUCCAACGUCUACAAGAACAACCUAACACUGCCAAGGAACAUACCUCUGAAAGUGCGCAAGAGAGUUCAAAACACCUAGGAGGAAAUCCUCACAACCUUCAAAACAACAAAGCUCAAAUUCAAUCUGCGCCUACAAAGCAGACAACUUUCACGUAUGUGAAUGAUAUCAAUGGGAAGAAGUCUGUGGUAAAAGUGCAAAGUGAACCUAUCCCUCUACUAGAUUUAACUCUUCUUGAGCCGUUAACUUUUAAGAAUCCUCUCGUCCCUCAAGUACAACAUUUCUUACCUAGAAUUAACCAAGCCACUUAUCAAAAAUUGCCUCAGGCAAACUUAGAUGGCGUUAAAAAUUAUCAAAAAGAAUUUGUGGUUCAAAAGACGAUGUCAUAUGAUAGUAGGAACUCAAAUGAAAAGCCACAGAAAAACGUAAAUAAAAAGAAAGAGAAGAAACCAACACACUCACAUAAACACAACAAAAAAAAUGAUGCACCGAAGAAAAACCUCCACGAGACGCUGGAUGAUGCUCCAGAAAUUGUUUAUGAAAUUAAUGCUCCUGGGCAUAAGGAGACUUAUAUAGAAAAGGCGAUAAGUUACAACAAGGAGACACAGCCUGAACCAGUACAUUAUAGUUAUGGUUCUAAAUCUGAAAAAGAACCAGUAACGUAUAGUUUUUCACGUUCGUCUAAAGAUCCGGGUCAAGUCAAACAAGUACGGUACUACGGCAAGACUCAAGGUCCGUCACAUCUCGUUUAUAAUUUUAAACCAGAGGAACUGCAUAAGGAAGAGCAUGUCCACAAAAACGUUCCUAAUAACGAGUCAAAUAGUCACGAAGAUUCUGCUCAACAAUCAGAAGACAGUGGUCCAGGUUAUCAAAACAAUUAUAAUGAUCAUCCUAAAUCGUCUGAGGAAUAUGAUGAAGUACCACAUAAGGAACAAAGUCACUACCAUAAGCCAAGCCAGCCAAUUAAUGAUGAGCCACAGGAGCAUCGAUCGAAUGCAGACACAUCCAAUUACAACGCCGGCCCGAUACAACAUAAGGAACAUUUUAAUGUUGACCCCAUUGUACAGGAAUAUGAAGAAGACAUACGUCUACUCGCCAAUGCUCAAAUAAAAGUGGACCCCACUCAACACGUCCCUCACGCGGAGUCUGAACACCACGCACGCGCUCCUCAGCGAGAGCAGCAGUCCGAGGCUCCGCAUCGACACCACUCCUCGCCGCAGAAACAGCCUCAUCAAUUACCACCGCAACAAUCACAUCACCAUUUUUCCUCUCCCCAGUCUGAAUCCCAUAAUAUUCCAUUAAGUUAUAACCAUGGAGAAUUAAAUCGGCAUCACCUGCCUUCCGCGCAGAAACAACCGCAACCUCCGCCACCACCGCACCCUCACAUUCAUUUCUCAAGCCCGCAGCACGAGUCACAUAAUGCACCAGCUGCUCACAUCCAUGAGAAAUCAAAACGCAUUAUUAUUCAUGAUGAGGCUCCGGAUGAAAGACACAUGCAUCAAGAACAGAUGAAAGAAGAAGUAUUUGACCGAGAAGAAAAUAAUGAAGAAGACUUUGAGAAAGCUUACAAGAAUGCUGCUUUUGGUUUUCCCGCCUACAGCAAAGAAGCAUUAGAAGCGGAAGAAAAGGAUAUCUUCGAUCCUGCGAGUUACGGAGUACCGCCAGACCACAUCGAGUACAACAUUGAAAAUACGCCAUUUCAACAAUACCAGGAAGAAGGCGAUGAGUUCCCUAAAGAGGCUCGCGCCAGUUAUAAGGACUCCAGGGACAAAAUGAAGGAAGAUUAUUACACUGAUUAUUCAAUUAGCAAGCCCGAGAGUCUGCUCGACCGCUACCAGAACAAGUUGGGCUAUUACAAGUUGUACAAGCAACAGCAACCUGAUUAUUACGUAGCCGAUGGAGACGACAACGACAAAAAGAAACAGAAACCGAAAUUCGCGCAAUACUCGGUGGCACCUACAUUCGGUUUUCAGUCCAAGAAUGAAAAAAAAGCAAAAUCGUAUUACGGCCACCACAAGCCUAAACAACAGUUGUACGAAUACGAUUACUCGGAGGGCACGCCGCGAGAUAACUCAGCCUUUGCGUCCCGGCCCUACCAGAGGUACAAGACCAAGACUAACUUCGUAGAGCCACAGUUCCAGUACGGUUUCGAGCCGAUAUCAAUACCAAAGCUCCUCGACAGUGAGUUGGCCGCGAUGGCCAGCGUGCAUAGGCCUGAAAGUGAAAAGCCGGGCAUGAGGAAGAAAGUCUACAAAGAAAACUGGUAUAUUAAGAAAACUAGCACAGCAGGUGGGGUGCCAGCUAGCUGAUAAAACUUAUUUAUUGUUGUUUACGUUAAGUUGUAAUAGUAAAUUAAUAAAUAGUCAAAAUAUUUAAACGUAGUUUUCAUUCGAUAAAACCGUGAUCUUAAUAACAAAAUGGUAUAUAACAAUUGCUUAUUCUAUUUCUUU